UAAGUUAACAUUGAAUCAACUGUAAAACUUUGGUUCAAAAGAGAAGUUACCAUCCGGAUGGAUCAGAGAAGGAUUGAGAAAUACUACAUUGAUAAAAAGUAUGAAUGGGCAGCCUAAAACGUCAGCUGUGAAGGUCCAACUAUCAAAAUCUCAAGACUGGUCUGUUGAUUUAAAAGAAAUGAAUUAUUUAAAAUCAAUAUUGGUUGGUAUUAUCCAUGUGAUGCGUGGUAUUGCAUGUAUUGUUGGCCAGGCAAGCCGGAAACAGAUGGUCCCUAAAAUGAAUAAGGGUAAGCUGUGUGUAGCUGUUCCAGAAUAUGCCGACAUAUUAUGGAAGCUGCUGGAUUGUUGUAAUGUCGAGUAAAUCAUUGUUGAAAGGUCAAAACUUUGGCAGCCCAAAACUCACAGUUAUUCAGCUGAUUGAAUUUCUCAAUUUGUCAAUUCAAUGAUUCUAUUGUUCUUGUUUAACUUGAAUGAUGAUUGGAUGACAUUGCAGCUGAGAUUCUGGUAACUGAAUUUCAGGUUGAUUCACUUGCUGAUCCUAAUGCAAUGCUAGCUGCUAAGAUUGCGUGAGUGAUGGCAAGAGGUGAAUGAGGUUGCAAGACAGUGAUACUUAUGUAAAUCGUAGAAUCCAGUUGAAUCGAGUAGUAGGCUAGGCAAAGGUGAUUGAUGAAUUGAAUGAGAUAGAUCGGAUUUUGAUGUAGAGUUGGAUGAAGUGAAUGAAGUUGAG